AUGAACAGACGCGAACAGGCCUGCCUUCCCGGGCGGGAGGCCCUCCGCGUGGCUCUGACCAACUGCGUGAACCCACUGCAAGCCAUUCAAGAAUUUCAAGAGGAGAACGGCGUACUCCUGCCUUCCUUGCGUCCCGCGCUGUCGCUGCUCGACUUGCACGGUGUCCGGCGACUGGACUUCCACACGUCCCUGCGGGAGGAGCUCAAGGGACGCCUCAUGCAACAGAUCGAGACCCUGGCCAGCGACAAGGGGCGCGAGCAACAGAAAAAACUCGAGGAGAUGCUGGAGAGGAGUUUUCACUUUAUCAAGGUCCCGACUCUUCGUCCAGUAGUAAUGUGCCUACUGAGAAACACGAAGUGCAUUGACCAAAAGUACAUGAAGCUGCUGGUCAGUGACAAGUCGCUCUACCGAGAAUGCGACAUUGAGGUGAGACGUCAAAUCUGGCUCGACAACAAGGAGCUCUUCGCCGAAGAAGUGCUCCCCUUGCUCUCGGAGUACGUGAGCGAGAGAGAAGAAGCCCUGUGGGGGCUGACGGUGACGGCCGAGUCGCCCUUCGCCUUCUUCAAGCCGACGCCCAAGCAGCGGCGCCAGAGGGGCAUGUUGCAGCGCCUCUUGGCCAUGGUGAACCGUAACCUGGUGCUGUACGACAUGCUGGUGGAUAUCCUUCGUGCCGCGUUCCGACGAACGCGCAACGUCCACUACUGCACUCUGCGCGUCGAGCUGCUCAUGGCGUUGCACGAUUUGGAGGCACAAGAAAUCACAGCCGUAGACCGCACCCACAAGUUCACGUGGUGCUUAGAUGCUUGCAUCCGGGAGAAGAACAUGGACGAGAAACGGUGCCGUGAGCUGCAAUCCAUCCUUGAAGUCAAGCGCGGUCAAGAGGAACUGCUUUGCGAUCUUGCCUUGGCACUCUGUGACCCGUAUGCCAUCAACUUUCUCGGCCACUCGGCGGUAAAGGCCAUGAUUCACCUCGUUAACCUUGAAGCUAUGCCGAGGGGCAACCAUGUCUUGGUGCUGUUGCUGCGUAUGCUGGCUUUGGGAAAUGAGGCAUGGAAAAUGCUGAACACCGAAGUCUACGCCGAGCCAGCGCUGGACGUGCAGCUGUUCACCAGGUUUAUUCCAGCGCUGAUGUGCCUCAUGAUUGAUGACCAGAUGCGACUUCUGAGUUCCCAGCUGAAAGAGAAUGAUGAGGGUUCACCCAGCGCAACUGCCGAUCCCUCGGAACCCAUUCCUGACGCAUUCCAAGAGUACGUUAAGGGGAACGCCCUUGCCAGUACGCUGGCAUUAUUCUACGUUUUACAUCUCGCACGACAGCGUGACCAUACAGGCCUGGUGCGGGUGCUGGGCACUCUGGCAGAGACGGAAGGCCGCCGCGCCUACAAGGACCCGUUCCUGCACAGCCUGGUUGGCCACUUCGCAAACAUGGCUCACCAUUUUGCAAGAGAAGACUUCUGCAUGGUCGUAUUCGACGACUUCUUCCUCCGCGGACUGAGGAGCAGUGCUCUGAAAACCCCAGCAAGACAUUUGAUGCGCCUAUUAUGGCAAGUGCAUGGUAGCCUGCCCCCGGCAAGGUUGAACAACCUAAUGAACAAACUCCAACCCUUUGCUGAGGUUAUUGAAGAACUAAAAGCACCCUUCCAGGCCUUGGAAAAUAAAAUAGACCACGGGAACCUGCAAGCAGCAGCCCCUAGUUCAGCAGACAUCCCACUGCCACGUUCGCCAGCGAUGGUACCAAUGUGAUUACAGUCUCCACCUUUGAAAUCGGCUAAUCU